GUUUUAUAGAUGUUAUGUAUAUAGUAUAUAUACUGUAUAUGUACAGUAUAUCUAUAUACUGUAUAUAAAUAUAUGUUUAUUACGAUAUAGAGAUAAUCAAAACUCCACCCCCUUUUCAAGCUAAUUACAAAAACGUCUUUUAUAAAUAAAAAUAGCAUAGAGCCGAGUAUACGAUCGAAAAGUAAGGACAAAAGAAACGUCAGACUGGAAAACUGUUGCAGUUGCGUAUAUGGUAGAUUUUUUUGCAGCUCAUUGAUUUCGGCUUCUCUUUGAACGGAAGCCAAUUGUUCUUGAAUCGGUCGCUACUGUAUAAUAUGCAUUUUUCAACAGCUAUACGACUUGUCUAUAAUUUUUUUUUUACUUCAACCAUGAACGCCGAUACGCCUCGACCGUCCAGCGCGAGCUCUUCCAGAUCGGGAAGACCGGAAAGGAUUAAAAGACUAGUGAACGAAAUUGAUUUAAGCGAUGAAGAUGAUGAGGGGGACGCUUGGGAAGAUGAUAAAUUUUUCGAAGAAUAUUUAAGGAAAAGUAAUUAUUUAAGGAGGAGAGGAACUCAAGAAUCUAAUUCUUUAUCGGAUUACGAGAGUGUUGAUAAUUUUUCUACAACCGUUUCUUGCUGUAGUUAUAGAUCGAUAGAAAAGUUUGUUAAAGAUUUAACGUCAUCCUUUUCCUUGAAAAAAGAUAAAAUACGUGCUAUUUAUAGUUGGCUAGUUCAUAAUUACAAUAGGGUUGAUUGCUGCAGAAUUAGAAGAGAACUUACUCUUCUAAAAAUGUGCUCAUUAGUAAAUAUUCAAUGUGAAAUUGUUCAUGGGUAUAGGAAAUCUGAAAAUUUUAUUCCUGGAGAUAAAUUAAAUGAAUUGUAUCGCCAUCAAUGGAACUUAGUGACUUUUGACGACAUAAACGGCUUAAUAGAUGUAAAAACUGCCUUCUCGGAACCGUACGGAAUAGAUUAUUUUUUCCUUACUAAGCCGGAAAAUCUUAUAAUUUCUCACCUUCCGGACAAAGUCGAACAUCAACUUUUAGCGAAUAAAAUUAAUGAAGAGAAAUUUAGAAAUUCCAUAAGAUCUUGGCCUGCAAAAUUUGCUCUUUCAAUCAAAACUUUGGCACCUAUGGACGGAGUAGGCUUUAUCCAAACAAAAACCGGUAAAUUUUCUGUAAAACUAAGAGCAAGACGUCAUAGUUUGUCCAGCACCCUUGUUGUCAUAGGCCUACACGGAGAGAAAAGGGUAGAUGAGUACGUUGACCAUAGAAUAUCGAAUAUUGAAGAGGAGGAAGUUUUCGAUUUAGUACUACCAGCUAAAACUCGUUACAUUUUAACAAUAGUCGUUCAGGAGGAAGACGUACAACUUCCUGUGCAACAGUACACCAUUGACUACCAAUAAUAAAAAUUCAUAAUGCAGAAAUCGUUCCCCCUACGCAUUUUUACGACACUCUUUGUCACGUUAAAACCCAAUUUGAGAGUUUUCAAUAUUUCAACUUGUUUGCAGAGUCUUUUUUUUUUAUAAUCACAGAUAAGAAGUCAAGGAAGAAAACAUUCUUUAAUUUCUAAUAAAUCUAUGUUUAAUUAAAUAAAUGAAAAAUAAGAAUAGCA